AUGAACGAUCAACCAACAGAUUAUUCGUCGAUUGAUGCAUUUCAUGUUGGACGUCGUCGAAAACCAAAUUUUACUGAUCAUGAAGUAAUUAAUAUUAUUGAUCAAUAUGAUGUAUAUAAAGAAUUAUUACAUUCACGUGAAGCAUCAAAAAGUGUUAUAGCACAAAAACAAGCUAUAUGGAAACAAAUAACAGAUACACUUAAUGCAACAUAUCCACAAGUUGAACGAACUGUUGAAGAUGUACGACGUAAAUGGAAAAAAUUACAAAGUGAAGCUAAACGUGAAGUAGCUGCAUAUCGUGCAGCACAAUCAGCUGGUUCAACAGCACCUGUAUCAAAUAAACAAAUGAGUUUAUAUAAUAGAAUAUUAUCUAUAUGUCGUGCUCCAAUAUCAUCAUCAUCACCACAUUUUGUUCAUCAUGCAGCUGUUGCUGCAGUUAUACAUCAUCAACAACAAGCUUUACAAUUACAAUCAAAUAUAAACAAUGGAAAUAAUAAUCAUCAUCAUCAUCAUCAUGAAACAACAUUUAAUGAACGGUCAUCAGAUAAAGCAGAUUCUCCAUCAUCAGAUCUUGCAAAUGGUAUUAAUGGACAAUUAGAUUCUGCAGGUGAUGAAAGUGCUAGUCUACUUGGUAAUGAUGAUAAUUCACCAAGUCCAGCAACAAGUCUUCAACCAACAUCACUUUCAUCAUUUCUUACACCACAACAAAUACAUAUAACAUCAAAAAUGACAAGUAAUGGACAAAUAUCUAAACGAACAUUAGAUAAACAACGUAAAUAUUUAAAAUUAUCACAAAAUCAUCAAUUUAUUAAUUCAAUAAAAUCUUAUGGACAACAACAAAAUUCACUUCGUUUUGAAUCAUUAAUUAAACGUAAACGUACACUUGAAUUAGCAAGUCAACGACUUAUUUAUGAUAAAGAACGUUUAUUACUUGAAAGAAAAAAUCUUGAUGUUAAAUUAGCAGCUAAUGAAUGUGAAAAUGAACGUAUUACAAUUGAAAAACGUCGUACUGAAUUAGCUAUUCAAAAAUUUCAAUGUGAAUUACCAAUAACAACAAAUGGUAUAAAUAAUCAUCUAUCUGAUCAAGAUGAUCAUGAUGAUCAUAAUAGUCUUGACGAUAUGAGUGAUAUUAACGAAUAG